AAACAAUACUAAUAAAUUUGUUGUCGAUUUUCUUUUUCCAACAAUUUGUUGUAUGAAUAUAUAAGGCUGAACUUUCAGUUACUUUUUGAAAAAAUUGGGCCAUGGCCCUGACAAUAAGAGUGCUUGAUCUCCUAGUCAUUUAUUUGAUGAUCAGCUUCUUGGUUCUUCAGCAAAAAGCAAUGCGCAAAUACUGAUGCUUUAAAAUCCACAAUUGAUGAAAUGCGGAUUUGACAAAAUAUAUCAGUUGGGUGAUUCAAUUUCAGAUACAGGAAACUGCAUCAGAGAUAGCAUUUGUGGAGCUCAUACUGUAUGUGGAAGAUUUCCUUAUGGAAUGAAUUUUUACCAGAAGAAAACAACCGGACGUUGUUCUAAUGGCAUGCUCAUGAUUGAUUUCAUACGUAUAUAAUAGAUAUCUUUAUAUUUCUCUAAUUAACUGUUUGUAUAAGCCAUCCUCCUCAAUGGGAGUGAUUAUGGAUUCGAAAUGUGGAAUUAGCAUUAUAUCCUCAUGGGGUGCAACUUUUCUCGGACUCCACGUGAAUGCGGGAUGAUUCAUGUACUAAGCUGUAUGAUUGUUUCUAUGCUUGUUUUUUUGUUCACAGCACUAUAGAAUCAGGUCUUCCUCUUCUAAAUCCCUACAAGGAUCAAAAUGCAAAUUUUAGAUAUGGUGCGAAUUUUGCAGUAGUAGGAGCUACUGCUUUAUCAACUGAAAUCAUGGCUGAGAAGAAGAUUGUUAUUGGACUCACCAAUAGUUCAUUGAAUGUGCAACUUGAUUGGAUGUCUUCCCAUUUUAAAACCACCUGUUCCACCGAUUGCCAAGCAAAAUUGAAGAAAUCUCUUUUCCUAGCUGGAGAAGUAGGAGGAAAUGAAUUCAAUUAUGGCUUACUGCAAGGUAAAACUAUGAAUGAAUUGCGGAACAUGGUGCCAGAAGUUGUUCAGACCAUUAUUCAGGGCGUUAAAAGAGUCAUUGGUUUCGGGCUACUCGAAUUGUAGUCCCGGGCAAUUUUCCAAUUGGUUGUUUACCAAUUUACCUAACGAAAUUCAAGACUGACAACUCAACUGCCUACGAUGAGUAUCAUUGCUUGAAAAAUCUAAAUAAUUUGGCAAUAUUCUACAAUUAUCAUUUGCGACAAGCCAUUGAAGAGCUGAAGAAAGAGUACCCCAACAUUACACUCAUUUAUGGUGACUAUUACAAUGCCUAUUUGUGGCUACUACAAAAUGCCGCGAGUCUUGCUAAGUGCUUAAAAAUAUACUUUAUUUUUCCCACUUUUAAUCGUAAAUUCUUUUUUCCUGUUUUUCUAGUCAAACUUUCCACUUUUGCAAAUUAUUUUACAUUUUACCCCUACAAAGCUCCUUCUUGAAAAAUCAAUUUGUCCUCCAAAAUAUAUUUUUAAAAUAUACUUAAUUUUCAAAAAGUAUACUUUGACAGUUCUAAACUACACAUAUAUGUAUAUUUAACGAAAAGUGUAUGCAUUCACAUAAAAACUUAGCUUUCUUUACUGAUAUGCAUUAUGAUAUUGUAGGAUUUGAUAAAAACUCUAUACAGAAAGCUUGUUGUGGAAUAGGAGGAGAAUAUAAUAUUGACGCACAUAAAAAAUGUGGAGUUUCAGGAGUUGUGUUGACCCAAGUACAUAUAUCAGUUGGAAUGGAAUUUAUUUGACAGAACAAGCAUAUAAUCAGUUGGCAAGGUGGCUAAUUGAUGACAUGUUACCCAAAUUAAACUGCCAUUAUGUUCAUUACUCUUAAUUUCUAGAUAAAGUGUAUGAAUUUUGAGCACACAUUCAAAAUGAGCGACUUUUUUUGGCCAAAUACUACACCACCUCCUAAAGUAUUCAUGAUUUUCUAUUUAGACUCCUCAACUAAGAGUUUGAACUACUAAAUAGUUUAGGCACGUGAACAGGACGGAGGGUUCGUUCUCGAUGUAAUGGCGUGAAAAGUUGUGCCAUGUGAAGUCUAUGUCCUCUAAAAUCAAACAGGAUCAAUUAAAUUAGUAGAGCCAUAUAGUUUCUUCAUCCUUUUUAGUAAAUCCGAGAAUACAUAUGAAGCCAGGAUUUCAAUGUUACGAUGACUUAUGUAUUUUAGAAUGACGAUAUCAAAUGUUAAUAAUUGAGUUUUA